AUGGAAACUGAAGAUGACUUCUGUCUAGAUGAAGCCCGCGAGACUCUCUUUACGUUUCAGCGAGCGUGUGAGCGGCGUGCUGCUGCUUUGGGCAACAUCGUGGAUGUUUUGAACAGGAAGCAACCAGAUGAUGAAUGGCUUUUGGAGGUCCUAGAUGAGGCAGAGAAGGGAAUAGCUUUCCACCAGCAGCAGCUGGAGAUGUUUACCAACUUCCACGCACGGGCAAACGCAUACGUGGAAGCACUGCGAGAAGAAGCGAACCGAUUGGCCAUCCAAGAGCUCGCGGAUGGAAGCGAUGACCAGCGGCGCAAGGCCAGCAGUAAGAUCGUGCACCCGGAGUUGCUCAAAUUCAAACUGGAGAAGCAGGCAAAAAUUCUGGGCAAGUAUGGCGGCAUACCCGCACUGGGGGCAGGUCGGCUGCUGCCCAAGGUGCAACGGGACGCCAUUCUCAAGCAGCUUCACUCGUUCGUGGCCACAGGCAGUGCCGCUGCGCGAGAAAUCCACUACAGCAAGGUGGAGAACAAGGACGCGGCGAACCUGGCGCAGGUGAUGCGGUUCAAGGUCCGCCGGGCUGAUGGGGAGGACGUCGGUGCGAACGGCGGCACCCCCACGCCCAGCCCGUGGCAGGCGGAGCUCAGUGCGAAGAAGGGUAAGACGGCUCUCGACGGCACCGAUCAGAAGGACCAGGUCACUCCCUCAACUCGGACCCACACAAUAUAUGCGGAGGAGCUCGGAGGCGUGUUGCAGCAGCGGCAGGCUGCGCUGGAAGAGGCGCUAGCGGCGCAGGCGCGCCCCACGCCGCCGCCGGCUAUCGGGCCCGUCAUCUCGGCCGAUGCCGGCGGGGAGCUUGCGGACAAGCUGCGGCGGCGGCAGUCUGUCGCGAAGCAGAUAGAGGCGGCGGAGGCGGCCACCGCGGCGGCGGAGGCAGCGGAGGCGGCGGAGGCGGCAGCGCAGCCGACGGCCCCUGCCUGGAGCAACCCCGCAGCGCCGUUUGGCGGCGAGCUGACGGCGGCGAUACAGCGCCGCGCGGAGCAGCAGCGACAGCAGCAGCGAAGGGCUAGCAGUAGCGGCGGCGAAGGGCCAGAUACGGCAACGGCGGCAGCGGAUGCGGUAACUAGCACCGCCGGCCGGGAGGAGAGUGGGAGCUCGGUUACGUCGGCGGAGAUGACGGCGGGGCCAAGGCCUGUUGGAAGGCUGGGUAGUACGAGGCCACCUGGGACGCCAACGGCGGCGCCGACGCCGGGACUGCGAACUACGACUGUGCCAGCGACGGCAGCACCGGCGGCGGCGGCCGCGGCGUCAGUGACGCCUGCUGCCGCGGGCUUUGCUACUCCGGUGUGGGGCCUUACGCUGGGUGCGCGGGGCCUUCCCAGAGCUGCAGCACCCGGGCCCGGAGCCCCGAAGAAGCGCGGGGUGCUUUUUGGGCAAUGCCAGGGCGCAAGGCAUCUAGUGCCGAGAAACAGAAGUUCUGGCGCGCCGGCUGGUAUUGCCGUACGGACAUGCGAGCACGCCCGUAUUUUUUUCCACUAA